UUGACACCAGCACCUCUUCUUCCAACUCCGAGACUGUACUCUUUUCUCAAACGACUCCGUCUUUGCUUUGCACAUUUACAUUAAAUAGCCAAAUCAAGCGCUUGGGGGGAAAUACAUCUGGCCUUUUUACAAGUGGAUUUCAAAAGUUCUUCAAAAUUCCCCCAAAACAACAAACCACCCCGAGCUUUAUAUAAAGAACACUAAACACACAUUUGGAUUUUUUUUUGUGUGUGUGUGGUGUUUUUCCUGGACAUCGUCUUCCUGUGCAGUUCACAUUGGGGAAUAGCGUGUUUUCAUCAUCUUAUCUCCAGUUUUGAGAGUUUUCAGACUGAUGUGAGUAAGGACUGCGUCAACAUCCGCUAAAACUCCUCUUCUUUGUGUGCAUCCUUCCCUCAGGAUCUCAGCAGAGGCUCUUUUUCAGGCUCGAUAUUAGAGAUAAUGUGAAUGACCAUUUGCUUUACUGCGGAUUGAUGUUUUUGCAUUAAGAAACGAUGGCACGUUCAGUCGUAAAAAUGUGUUUCUGCGUACUUUUCUUUGGACUUUUGUUGUUCACGCUUCCAUCUGCGGGAGCUGAAGAAGAUGUGGAGGAGGAGAGAUCAUGUCAGGGCGCCUUCGACUUGUAUUUUGUUCUUGACAAGUCAGGAAGUGUCAAACACCACUGGCAUGAAAUCUACGCUUUUGUUGAACAUUUGGCUGAGAAAUUCACCAGCCCUAUGCUACGAAUGUCCUUCAUCGUCUUCUCAACCAGAGGAAACACAAUCAUGAGACUCACAGAAAACAGGGAGACCAUAAGAAAAGGCCUUAAUGUUCUAAGACGAGAGAUCCCAGGUGGAGAUACAUUUAUGCAUCUUGGUCUAGAAAAGGCAAACGAGCAAAUACACCAGGAAAACUUUGGAACUGCAAGUGUUAUAAUUGCAUUGACAGACGGUGAGCUUCAAGAACAUCAGCUGAUAGCAGCUCAACAGGAGGCAGCACGAGCUCGGGGAUUGGGUGCAAUCGUGUAUUGUGUUGGAGUGAAGGACUUCAAUGAAACUCAGCUGGCUACCAUAGCGGACACCAGUAAGCAUGUGUUUCCGGUUUUGGGAGGAUUCCAGGCACUGAGAGGAAUGAUUGACUCGAUCAUCAAAAAAUCUUGUAUUGAGAUCUUGGCAGCGGAGCCAUCCAGCGUAUGUGCAGGAGAGUCAUUUCAAGUGGUGGUGAGAGGUAAUGGUUUUCGACAUGCCAGAAACAUAGACCAGGUCCUGUGCAGCUUCAAAAUAAACGACACAGUCACGCUCAAUGAGAAGCCUGCGAGUGUUGAAGACACGUUCUUGCUGUGCCCUGCGCCUGUUAUAGAUGAAGUUGGAAAGGUGGUGUACCUGCAAGUCAGCAUGAACGAGGGUCUGUCAUUCAUCACCAGCUCCGUACACAUAACCACAACAGAGUGUUUUGAUGGAACGAUCCUCCUGAUCACCCUGCUGGUGUUGUUUCUAUUAUUGGCUCUGUUGUUCAUGUGGUGGUUCUGGCCGCUUUGCUGCACUGUAGUGAUCAAAGAACCUCCACCUCCUCCACCGCCAGAGCCAGAGUCAGAUGAUGAGGACGGCAUGCCAAAGAAGAAAUGGCCCACGGUAGACGCGUCAUAUUACGGCGGUCGAGGAGUUGGAGGAAUUAAACGAAUGGAGGUUCGCUGGGGAGGGAAGGGCUCUACGGAGGAGGGAGCAAAGCUGGAAAAACCCAAAAACGCCGUCAUAAAGAUGCCUGAGCAGGAGUUUGAACCCUUUGAACCCAAGCCCAGAAAAUCAGACAACAGGAAGCAAGCUCAAGACAGGAAGUGGUAUUCUCCCAUCAGGGGUAAACUUGAUGCCAUCUUGGCUCUUUUCCGCCGUGGAUAUGAUCAAGUUUCACUUAUGAGGCCGCAACCAGGAGAUCAUGGCCGAUGUAUCAACUUUACACGAGUGAAAGAGGAGGCGGCGGCAGCGGCGGCGGCCAAAGCUCCUCCACGAGCUCAAAGCCCACCUCCACCUCCACCAGACUAUCAGCCUGUUCCCAGUCCCAUCAACUCCCCUCCGAACAGCCCACCUCCACGAGGACCACCCCUGCCCCAGCCUCCACCGGGUCCGCCGCCCGCCCGAGUCCCCCCCGGACCGCCCUGUCCCCCGCCGUCACGGGCCCCGCCCAGCCUCGACGGCAGACCAUGAGAGAAAGAUCCAGCCUCCAGUGCAAUUCAUCCAUACAGCCAAACAAAAUGCUCCUCUCGCCAAAAAACGCACGUGGUAUUUAUCGGUCAGGCUCGAUUAGGAUGUGGCGUGUAGUUUGUUGCUGGACAGCAAAAAAAAAAAAAAAAAAGCAAAAAGUCGUGACAAAAAAUUCAACUACUGAGUUUUCCAUACGCAGAUUAAGAGAGACCGUUUUUAGCUUUAGAAUGACUGAAGUGGCUGGACGAAUCUUCAUAAUUAUUCCCAAUGCGUUCGUUUGAACAUGUACAAAGUUGAAUCCUAUGAGCUUUCGAUAUCAUGCCAAAAUGUCCAAAAUAACCAGUAUUAGAUGCUAUGUUAUAUUCUACAGCAUCCUGUGCCUCUCCAUUUUAUUUUAUUUUGUUGUGGUUGUUUUGUUUGUUUGUUUGUUUGUUUUUUUCAGAACAAUUAUGUUGAGUCACAGAUUUUACAGUCGUUGAGUUGCAGGUUCUCUCAGGUGAGUCUCUGACCCUGUACAAAGGGGAAUAUCAAAGCUUGUCAAAGUGUAAGAUGAUUGCAAGUGAUGGAUGUGUAAAGGCGUUUCUUUUACUGUAGUAUUGCAAUUAGCUAAUGUCUUAUGCCGGGUUCAGAUUACACAAUAUAAAUAUGUUGUGGUGAUCCAUAAUGGGAGUCGGGAAUGAAUGAUUCAAUGACUCACUCAUUAAGACUUCACUUGUUUCAUUACUGGAUGAAUCAGCGUUUUUGAACAAAUCUCUUGAAUGAAUGAUUCAAUGACUCACUCAUAAAGUCUUCACAUGUUUAAUUACUGCAUGAAUCAGCGCUUUUGAACAAAUCUCCUGAAUGAAUGAUUCAAUGACUCACUUA